UGUUAUUCUAUACGAUCUCUGCUUUUCCUAAACUUAUCUUUCUCUGCACUGGGGAAGCAAGCUCUUGUAUUCUGCAAGUGCUUUCUUUUUCAUAUUUUGUGUCACCAUCUUGUGUUUCUAAACUGCAAAACAUGCUACUUGGAAGCUCCUCAGCUCCAAUUCAUAGCUCAUGGCUACAUCAUUAUUCCAAAGAUUGCUCCUUUCCUGAGUCAGAACCCAUUCUCUAUCUUCCUUGGACGAGAUCAGUUUCACUGACCAACUCAAAAGAUGCAACGCAAUCCUGUACCUCCGACAUAGACUUUCUCAACCCAUCAAAGCUUAACGGCAAAAAUCGCUUACCACAUCUACGUUGUAUGAUCUCCCAUAAGAAUGAACAGGACUUUGAGGUGAAAGAAAGUGAUGAUGAAGCAAAAACCCAUUUGAAAAAACUUACUCUCAAAUUCUACUGAGCUCUGGUUUGGGUAACAGAAUGGUGAAGCAUGAAGAGGAAGUAGAAAUGAUGGGCGAUGGAAAGGGAGGCAGUGGAUGUGGUGGACAUGGAAGUAGAUGCGAUAUCUGUACUGGUGGGGGUGAUAGUAUGGAUGCUUAUUAUCAGAAGAUGAUAUUAACUAACCCCAAUAAUGCUCUUUUGCUUGGAAAUUAUGCCAAGUUCUUGAAAGAGGUGGUUGGAGAUUAUGAGCAAGCAAAGGAGUAUCUUGAAAGGGCUGUGUUGGCGAAUCCAGGAGAUGGCAGUCUUCUGUCUCUCUAUGCAGAAUUGAUAUGGCAAACGGAGAAGGACUCAGAUCGAGCUGAAGUCUAUUAUGAUCAAGCUGUUCAAAGUGCCCCUCAUGAUUGUUAUGUGCUUGCUUCUUACGCUAAAUUCCUGUGGGAUGCUGAAGAAGACGAGGAAGCCAAAGAGUGGAGCCAUAAAUCUGAUCAGAGGCAUACAUAUACUCUAACUGCAAAAUAAGAGAAGUCAUCUUUUCAAUUCGUAGUGUUCCUGAAAGUUUUGCAAUUUGUAUAUCUUUAGCGUUUGAAAUCGUACUGUGAAUAAAGAGCUGCCUUUUUGUUUUUA